UUUUUUGGUUGAAGUGCCUUCUUAAAUUAUUUUACUCUUCCUUCUUGACUGGCUUUGACUUGAAGUUGCCUCCUCUCUUGUUCUUCUUCUUAUUUUUGAAGACCUUUUCUUUUACUGGCAUGAAACCAUCAGCGUCCUCCACAUUUUGUUCUUCCUUGGCCUCAUAAUGUUUUCUUCCAUCAUCUUGAUAGUAGCCAUCGUUUUUGUAGUAGUUGUUUCUACCUCUUCCUCUGCCACCUCUGGCUCUUUCAUGCUCGAAGUUUCCUCUUCCUCUACCUCCACGGUCAUAGCCUCUGCCUCCGCGGUCGUAGCCUCUUCCUCUGCCUCUGUAGGCUGAGUUGGGAUGGCCUCUAUGUCCGCGGUGGGCUCCUCUGACUCCUCUUUGAUGGAAGCCUCUGCCAUAUCCUCUUCCGCCUCUUUUGUCAUAUGGCUGAUUAUCAUAGAACUUUUGUUCUUGUUCUUCAAGGGCUGCUGUAUCUUUCUGGUUUGGAGUGGCCUCAUCCUUCUCCUUGUCUUCUUCUUUGUUGGCUUCUUCAUCAUCAGAAUCUUCAUCGCCAUCUUCUUCAGAUUCAUCGUCGUGGUCGUCAUCCCAUGCUGAAUGCAUUGGCUUCUUUUGGUCAACAGCUGGCUGAGAUUCCUCCACAGGUUCAGGAAUUUCAACAGGAGCUUCAGGAGUAGCAUCAGCAGGAAUACUCUGGUAAGGAGCACUAGUCUCUUCAGGGGUCUCGAUUUGAUGAACAACUUCUUCUGCUUCUUGGGCUUUCGCUGCCUCUUUUGGUUCUUCAGUUUGUACAGGAGCAUUUACCUCAUUUUGUGGCUGAACUUGUUGAGGGUUAGUGCUCUGGGUCUGCUCUUGAGGAAUUGGGGUUGGCAUAACUGGGAAUUGUUGCAUUGGUUGUCCUGGCAUCAUGUUUGGCAUACCGCCAUACAUGUUCAUUCCCAUCAUAUCUGCUCCUCCUGGGGUCAUGUACAUAUGAUUUGUUUCAUUGAACUUCUGAUUAGCCAAAACACGGUCAAAAGCAUCAGCCAAACCGGCAUAAGUUAGUGGAGCUUGUCCAGCAGGUAUCAUUUGGUUCAUUUGCAUUGGGGUUUCAAUAGCUUCAUCUGCUCUGUUGACUAUCUUCAAGACUUUUUCUUUGAGGGAACCAGUUAUAGAUCCGAAAUUCAGUGGUGCUGAGGUAUAUCAAUUUGCAAUGUAGAUUUGCUUGAGGGCAAGACAUUCUUCAUCGGUGAAAUAAUCAGUUCUCUUAAACUGAGGAUUCAACAUCACAAAAGAGUCUACCCAAUGCCCCAUGACAUGGAUCAAUGAGUAAUAGCUAACUGCUCUUUCAAUAUCUUCAGUAGGAAUUUGAGGCUCUUGAGAUUCGAACUUCUCUUUAGUAUGUGAGAUUCCUUCUUCCUUUCCCUCAUCAUAUCCAGUCUUCUUGCCUUCAUCAUACCCAAGAUUUCUACCUUCAGCAAAUCCUCUGUCAAACUCCUCCUUCUUAACUGCCUCUAGGUCAACCUGUGGCUCUUUCUCUUCUGGCUCUUGUUGAGUUUCUGGCUCUUCUUCAUUCACUUCUUCCUUGACUUCUUCUUGCUUCUUAGAAAUUUCUGGCUUCUGCUUCCAGAUAAGUUUCAUAUGAGACUUGAAAUGCUGAGUGUACUGUGAGAUAGCGAAGUCUAGCUCUUCGAGAGAAGUCACAACCUCCUGUCUCUUGUUCAGCAUCUGUUGUUGUUCCUUAGUAAGCUUGGAUCCGUCACUGGUCUUUUCUUCUGUUUCUUGAAUUUUAUUCCACUUCUUAACGUACUUCCUCAUUCUGGUGUAGAGGGAUUUGAAGAACUCGUCUUUCUCGGUGAGUUCUGCAUGUUCUUCCUUGAAUUUCUUCAGGAUUUCAAAGCUAGCAUUAAAAUCUUUAGUUUUUCCCAUCUUAGGAUUUACACUGAUUAUUUAAAUCAAUUAUUGAUAUG